AAUACACUUUUUUGCUGCUAAACAGAGAAACGAACGAUGAAUCAUAAACACGAGAGAAAGCAGAAAACAGAAAAUGCGAAACGACUGGAUGGAAAAAGUAGAGAAAAAGUAGUGAAAGCGGGAAGGGAAACGACAAGGAAACGAGUACGAAAAACCAAAAUGGUGGCAGGACAAGUUUCAACUUUGUACCAUUACGGUGUUCUGCUCCGUGCUCGUGUCUAAGAAACUUUAAUUAAAUAAUAAUAGUUCUGACUAAUGUUAACCAAGUGAAGUCCAAAAAUGACGAUAUUAAAGUUAUUCAAGUGUUCCGUGCAUCCAAGAAGGUUGUCAAACUUGUCAACCAGUGCAUUUCACAAAAAUGUACGUUUUAUGGCAUCUUAUGAAAAAUACGCGGAACAUAAGGCGUUGGAAAAAAUUCGUAAUAUUGGAAUAUCGGCGCACAUCGAUUCUGGAAAAACUACUCUCACCGAACGUAUCUUAUUUUAUACAGGCAGAAUAUCAGAAAUGCACGAAGUCAAAGGCAGAGACAACGUUGGAGCGGUAAUGGACAGUAUGGAACUGGAAAGACAGAGAGGAAUCACCAUCCAAUCAGCAGCGACUUACACACUUUGGAAAGAUCAUAAUAUCAAUAUAAUUGAUACUCCAGGGCACGUAGAUUUUACCGUCGAAGUUGAAAGAGCUUUAAGAGUUUUGGACGGUGCUAUUCUGGUGCUUUGCUCUGUCGGUGGUGUUCAGUCGCAGACUUUGACAGUUAAUCGGCAAAUGAAGAGAUACAACGUGCCCUGCUUAGCGUUCAUUAAUAAAUUAGACAGAAUGGGUGCUAACCCGACGCGUGUUAUGCAGCAAAUGAGAUCGAAAAUGCACCACAACGCGGCCUUUGUCCAAAUCCCCAUUGGCCUCGAAGCUGCAACCAAAGGGAUUGUCGAUCUUGUCGCUCAAAAAGCUCUUUACUUCGAAGGCACUUUCGGGGAAGAAAUACGGGUUGACGAAAUUCCUGCUGACAUGAGAACCGAAUCCAACGAACGUCGCCAGGAAUUGAUCGAACAUUUGAGCAACGUCGAUGAAACGCUCGGAGAUUUUUUUCUCAAUGAAAAAACACCCAGCGAAGACGAUAUCGCUGAUGCGAUUAGACGAACUUGCCUCAAACGAACUUUUACUCCCGUUUUCGUUGGUACUGCCCUCAAAAACAAAGGCGUUCAGCCUCUUCUCGAUGCCGUUAUACGCUACUUGCCACAUCCGGGCGAAGUUUCCAACUACGCUAUUCGGGAACUGCCAGGAGAAAAAACCGAGAAAGUUUUGUUGGAUUCUGCGAGAAACGAUAAAAAGCCGUUCGUGGGUUUGGCAUUCAAGCUCGAGGCAGGGAAAUUUGGUCAAUUGACGUACUUCCGUUGCUACCAAGGAAAGGUGGCGAAGAGUGAUACGAUUGUCAACACGAGAACGAAAAGAAAAGUUCGAAUUUCAAGAUUGGUUCGUUUGCACUCGAAUACAAUGGAGGACGUGAACGAAGUCUAUGCCGGCGACAUUUUCGCUCUCUUUGGAAUCGAUUGCGCUUCCGGUGACACUUUUACGAAUAACCCGAAAUUAGAAAUAUCCAUGGAAUCGAUUCAUGUCGCCGAUCCCGUUAUUACCAUGGCGAUCACACCCAAAAAUGCCAAAGAUCGUGACAAUUUCGCCAAAGGGAUCCAAAGAUUCACGAAGGAGGAUCCAACGUUCCGGUUUCAAUACGAUUCUGAUAACAAAGAAAGCAUCGUUUCCGGGAUGGGGGAGCUCCACCUCGAAAUUUAUGCUCAGAGGCUCGAGCGAGAGUACAAUUGUCCUGUAAUAUUGGGCAAGCCGAAAGUAUCAUUCCGGGAGACGCUCACAGAGCCAUGCGAGUUCGAUUAUUUGCAUAAAAAGCAGUCUGGAGGCGCGGGUCAGUUUGCGGCAGUGGAAGGAAUCCUCGAGCCGCUGCCACCUCAACAAAACACGCAGCUGCUUUUCGUGGAUGAAACGAUCGGGACGAAUGUUCCUAAGCAAUUUAUACCAGGGAUUCAAAAAGGAUUUUACAAAAUGUGCGAAAAAGGCUUGCUCACUGGCCACAAGCUUUCGGGCUUGAUAUUUCGUCUCAGGGACGGAGAUCAUCACAUUGUUGAUUCUUCGGAAUUGGCAUUCAACCUUGCAGCUCAAGGCGCUAUCAGACAAGUCUUCGAGAGAGGGUCUUGGCAAAUUCUUGAACCGAUUAUGGCUGUCGAAAUUACUGGCCCUGAAGAAUUUCAAGGUGUAGUGCUAGGACACUUGAAUAGGAGAAAAGGAAUAAUAACUGGUACGGAAGUGAUGGAGGGAUGGUUCACUGUUUGCGCAGAAGUCCCAUUGAACGAGAUGUUUGGUUAUUCCGGAGAGUUGAGAUCAUCGACGCAAGGAAAAGGAGAAUUUUCCAUGGAAUAUGCAAGAUACAGUCCGUGUUCCAGAGAACUACAAGAAGAGAUGGUCCGACUGUAUCAAGAAUCGUUGCCAGGAGCUGUUCAACAGAAAAAGAAAAUCUAGUUAGCUCCGUUAUCAUUGAGACAAUUUAGUUAGUUGACUCAACUUUUCAAAUCAUCGACUUAAUUGAUUCUUGACUCAAUGAGAAUCGAUUGAUCAGUUCAACGUUCCACUUUAUGUUGAUUAUUCGCCUUCAACGCCCAACGAUCACCAACUUGUAAAUAUUCAUAAAAUAAAAAGAUCGUGCGUUGGACGUCGAUUCGUUCUUGA